AGUCAUUCUACUUUUCAUAAAGAGAAACUGUUUGGGGAGCAAUCCUGUCUCUGUAUUUCUCCCUUCAGCCUCAUCAAGGGUCGUUGUUGGAACUUUCCAUCACUUCUUUCCUUUUCUCUCUCUCUAGCCGUUGCCUACACUGCUCUGCCUAUCAUAGCGAAGUCAGCUGCAGGCUUCCAGAGUGUGGCUGUUCAACUGCGAAAUUUGUCAUAAAGUUGUCAGGCAUUUCUUAGGGACUUGGACUUCCCAAAAACAUAGAGAAAGAAAUCUUUCCCGGAGUGUCCCUUUCAGGCUGUCUUGAGUUGAAGGAGACAGAACUGGAGGACUACAGCAAAACAGCGGAUUAAAAGAUGCCCCAGGGCUGCAGGCCAAGCCAGGGGGACACACUUGGGGUCAGACGGACUGACUUUGCCCGGGCUAUGCUCGAACAAAGUCAAGUUAUUUUCUAUUGAAAGUUCAAGCCCAUCAAGAUUAUGCUGCUCUUCCUUAUCAUUCUGUUGCCAGUAGUUUUUAAAUUUAGUUUUGUUAGUCUCUCAGUACUGCAAGGCUGGGACUGUUCUGAAGGCUCUUCCUCAGGAAAGGGGAAUUCUACUUGUGUGGGUCCUGAACCCUUCUUAAUUUUCUCCCAUGGAGGCAGUAUCUUUAGGAUUGACCUGGACGGAACGAAUUAUGAGCAGUUGGUGGCUGAUGCUGGUGUAUCAGUGAUCAUGGAUUUUCAUUACUAUAAGGAAAGACUCUAUUGGGUAGAUCUAGAACGGCAACUUUUGCAAAGAGUUUUUCUGAAUGGGACAAGGCAAGAGACAGUAUGCAAUAUAGAGAAAAAUGUUUCAGGAAUGGCAAUAAAUUGGAUAAAUGAAGAACUUAUUUGGUCAAAUCAACAGGAAGGAAUCAUUACAGUAACAGACAUGAAAGGAAACAAUUCCCGUGUUCUCUUAAGCGCCUUAAAAUAUCCUGCAAAUGUAGCAAUUGAUCCAGUAGAAAGGUUUAUAUUUUGGUCUUCAGAGGUGGCUGGCAGCCUCCACAGAGCAGAUCUCAAUGGUGUGGAAGUGAAGAUUCUGUUAGAGACGUCAGAAAGAAUAACCGCUGUGUCACUGGAUGUGCUUGAUAAACGGCUUUUUUGGAUUCAGAACAGUAGAGACGGAAGCAAUUCUUAUAUUUGUUCCUGUAAUUAUGAUGGAGGUUCUGUGCAUUUUAACAAACACCUUACGCAGCACAGUUUGUUUGCAAUGUCCCUUUUUGGUGAUCGUAUCUUCUAUUCAACAUGGAAAAAGAAGACAAUUUGGAUAGCUAACAAACACACUGGGAAGGAUAUGGUUAGAAUCAACCUCAAUCCAUCAUUUGUACCAUCUGGUGGAAUCAAAGUAGUGCAUUCACUUUUACAGCCCAAGGCAGAGAGUGAUGCUUGGGCACCUGGUCAGAAACUCUGCAAGCUGAGGAAAGGUAACUGCACAGGCAGCAUGUGUGAGCAAGACUCUAAGUCCCAUUUGUGCACGUGCGCGGAGGGGUAUACUUUAAGCCCAGAUGGAAAGCACUGUGAAGAUGUCAAUGAAUGUGCCUUUUGGAAUCAUGGCUGUACUCUUGGGUGUGAAAACAUUCCUGGAUCUUAUUAUUGCACAUGCCCUGUAGGAUUUAUUCUGCUUCCUGAUGGGAAACGGUGUCAUCAAUUAAUUUCCUGUCCAAGCAAUACAUCUAAAUGUAGCCAUGACUGUGUUCUGACAUCAGAUGGUCCCAUAUGUUUCUGUCCUGAAGGCUCAGUGCUUGAGACAGAUGGAAAAACAUGCAGUGGCUGUUCAUCACCCGAUAAUGGUGGAUGUAGCCAACUCUGCCUCCCUCUUAGCCCAGUAUCCUGGGAAUGUGGUUGCUUUCCUGGGUAUGACCUACAACUGGACAAAAAAAGUUGUGCAGCAUCAGGACCACAGCCAUUUUUGCUGUUUGCCAAUUCUCAAGAUAUUCGACAUGUGCAUUUUGAUGGAACAGAUUAUGGAUCCCUGCUCAGCCAGCAAAUGGGAAUGGUUUUUGCCCUUGAUCACGACCCUGUGGAAAAUAAGAUAUAUUUUGCCCAUACAGCCCUGAAGUGGAUAGAGAGAGCUAAUAUGGAUGGUUCUCAGCGAGAAAGGCUUAUUGAGGAAGCAGUAGAUGUGCCAGAAGGUCUUGCCAUAGACUGGAUUGACCGUAAAUUCUACUGGACAGACAGAGGGAAAUCUCUCAUUGAAGGGAGUGAUUUAAAUGGAAAGCAUCGUGAAAUAAUCAUCAAGGAGGAGGUCUCUCAGCCACGAGGAAUUGCUGUCCAUCCAAUGGCCAAGCGAUUAUUCUGGACUGAUAUGGGGAUUAAUCCACGAAUUGAAAGUUCUUCCCUUCAAGGCAUUGGCCGACGGGUUAUAGCUAGUUCUGAUCUGGUCUGGCCCAGUGGAAUAACGAUUGAUUACUUAACUGACAAAUUGUAUUGGUGUGAUGCCAAGCAGUCUGUGAUCGAAAUGGCCAAUCUGGAUGGUUCAAAACGCCAAAGACUUGCCCAGAACGAUGUAGGUCACCCUUUUGCUAUAGCUGUGUUUGAGGAUCACGUGUGGUUCUCUGAUUGGACUAUGCCAUCGGUAAUAAGGGUGAACAAGAGGACUGGCAAAAAUAGGGUACGUCUCCGAGGCAGCAUGCUGAAGCCUUCAUCACUGGUUAUAGUUCAUCCAUUGGCAAAACCAGGAUCAGGUCCCUGCUUACACCAAAAUGGAGGCUGUGAACAUAUUUGCAAAGAGAGGUUUGGAUCUGCUCAGUGUUUGUGUCGUGAAGGUUUUGUGAAAGCCCCAGAUGGGAAAAUGUGUCUGGCUCUCAAUGGCCAUCAGAUACCACCAGCAGUAGGUAGUGAAGCAGAUCUAAGUAACCAAGUAACACCACUGGAUGUCUUAUCCAGGAAUAGAGGAUCUGAAGAUAACAGUACAGAAUCUCAACAUAUGCUAGUGGCUGAGAUCAUGGUGUCAGAUAAUGACGACUGUGGUCCUAUAAGAUGUGGUACAUGGGCUCAGUGUGUUUCAGAAGGAGAAAAUGCCACAUGUCAGUGUUUGAAAGGAUUUACUGGCGAUGGAAAACUAUGUUCUGAUAUAAAUGAGUGUGGGACAAGCACCACCGUUUGCCCUCCCACCUCCUCCAAGUGCAUCAACACUGAAGGCGGCUACGUUUGCCAGUGCUCAGAAGGCUACCGGGGAGAUGGGAUUCACUGUCUUGAUAUUGAUGAGUGCCAGUUGGGCAUACACACCUGUGGGGAAAAUGCCACCUGUACAAAUACAGAGGGAAACUACACCUGCAUGUGUGCCGGCACCCUGUCUGAACCUGGACAGAUAUGUCCUGACUCUACUCCUCCUUCUGUUCUCAUGGAGGAGGGCCGCUAUUCUGUGAGAAACAGUUACCAGGAAUGCCCCCCAUCCUAUGACGGGUACUGCCUCUAUAACGGUGUGUGUAUGUAUAUUGAAGCAGUGGACAGAUACGCAUGCAACUGCGUUUUUGGCUAUGUUGGGGAGCGAUGUCAGCACCGGGACUUGAAAUGGGAACUGCGCCACGCUGGCCAAGGGAGACAGCGGCAAGUCACUGUGGUGGCCGUCUGCGUGGUGGCGCUCGUCUUGCUGCUGCUGCUGGGGCUGUGGGGGGCGCACUGCUACAGAACUAAGAAGCUACCAUCAAAAAAUUUGAAGAAUCCUUAUGAAGAGUCGAGCAGAGAAGUUAGUAGGCCUACAGACAGCGAGGCAGGGAUGGCCUCUUGUCCCCAACCUUGGUUUGUGGUUAUAAAGGAACACCAAAAUCUCAGGAAUGGAAGUCAAUCUAUGGCCCUCAAGGACAGUGAGGCAGCAGAUGUUAGCCAGUUUUCCUCUCGGGAGACAGGGUCAGUGCAACUGCCAUCACGGAGAAAUGAACCCCAGGUGUACAUGGGCGGAGAGCAAGGCUGCUGCAUUCCACCAUCCAGUGAUAAAGGCUCUGGUCCCCACGGAAUGCAGUGGGGUUUUCAUCUCCCUUCCUGUGAGGCACAGCCCAUUGCUCUGGGGGUUGAGAAGUCACAAUCUCUCUUGUCAGCAAACCCCAUAUUGCAACAAAGGGCCUCAGAUCUACCACACCAAAAGAAGCUGACUCAGUGAACACUGGAAUUGAAAGGAAGGUCAAGAGGUAUAAACUGUAUUGAUAGACAGUAAUAUUUCACUUCAAAAAGUAUAGAGAAAAUACAGAUUUUGGUUUCACAAUCUCUGCCACUAAUCACCUACUCAGUAUCCUGGAGACAAAUAGGUAGUUGUGCUUUUGUUUCUUCCUCCAAGCAGUCCGUUGCAGAUUUUCAAGUAAGAGUCACAGUGAGAAUCACUAGGUAACUCAUUUGAAACCAAAGUACAUAGUGCUUGGUACACUGUGUUGUCUUCAAUAGUCAAUGCAGAUAGAUAUUUUUUUUCUCUGCAGCCCCAGAAGAAAUCUGGGGUUAAAGUAGGCAAACACACUGGCUCGGUCAGUUGUAAGGUAAUUCCUUUUAUCUGGACAGAACAUUUGGCUCAAUCUCAUAAGAUGAUUAGAAUAUUAAAAUUACUGGUAUGAUACAUUGUGGGCAUUUAACUUAUCAUUGGUGUGGUCCAUGCUGGUAAUCUCACAGAAUGAAAUUUUAAAACCAAAUCAAAAAAUGUACCAACUGAGAAUCUGAUUUCUUCAGAAUUAGUUGGCUUAUGUUUUCUCUUUUAAAAUCUUUGAAUGAAAAUAUUUUAUUUUAAAACAUUACCCAAGAGACAUCGGUGUUUCUCAAGCAUUGCUAUCCUUUCCCCAUGGAAUUUUUUUCAAUGAAAAUGGUAAAUUUUUCCUUCAUGCGUUUGCACAGAAUUUUUACCUUUUUCAAAUAUGAGAUUGUAAGCAAAUUUCCAGAUUUAUUUUCAUUUUGAACAAUCAAUCUCUACUAAUUAUUUAAAUAAAAUCAUUAUAAACAUAAACAUCUUAUUGUAUUCCUGGUUAAGCAAUAAAUUAUAGUCUAAGGGAUAUUAGAGUUGAACCAAAGUGAUUUGCCAAGCUUCCUAUUUUUACACUUCUAAAAAUAAUUUUGAAAUCUAUCAUUGUAACUUUAUAAAGUAAAACUACACAACGUUUUCUAAUUAAAUCUCAUUCUUGUAGCUAAGACAUUGUUACUACCAUUAUACAACCUGAUACAGUAAGUGUAGACUGUUUAGGCUUUUGGAUUAUUGUGUUAAUGCAUUAGCUAAUCCGUUUGCUUAUCUUUUCUUGUGUUUCUCUUCAACUCCUUAGACUUUGGUUAUACCGGAAGUCAGAAUAAAAAGGAGCUGAAGCACAACUCUUUGGGUAGAUACUUAGAUAUUUUGGUAAAGAUUUGGUGGUGAGGAGGGUAACUUAGAUAAUUGUUCAGUAUGAUCCCUCUUCCAGUUAAUUCAGAUUUUUCUGUACUCCGUAUUAAGUUUUGCUUUAAUUGACAGCCAGUACCCUGAAGGAUCAUAAGAUCUAUUUUUUUUUUCCUAAUGAGUGAAAUGACCUCAGAAAACAAUACUCAGAAUGUUCCCAAUUAUGAGGAAAUUAUAUUCCUAAGUGUGAAUCCUAUUUCUCUUCCAAAAGUGAGCAUUUCUGAAGCUUUAAAGGUAUAGAGUAUACAUUUUUAAAAAUUUUUACUAUCUCUUUUAGGAUUUCAAUGAUAACUAAAGAGAUGACAUGAGACCACCAUAGCUCAUAACAUAACAUUACCUUUGAACCAGAAAACCCUUGUUUCCUUCAAGGUUUUCAGUGAACCUGAUUCUUCAUAAAUUGGGAGCAUGUGAAGUCCUGAACCAGGCUGUAACAUUGGCUCCCUGGUCAGAUUAAAGAAAAAAUGUUCUUUAAUCAACAAGUCACCAUGAAGAGAUGGCUUCUUUUCUUGUGGUUCCACUUUUCUACCAGAAAUAUCCUAUUUUAAAAACUUAUGUUUAGAAAAGAGCAUUUUCAUCUAAGAUGUUUGAUUUGCAUUUUUUCCCAGACUAUUUUUAUUUCUUGACUCUUACGAUCUCAUUGGGCACAAUGCCUGAUUGUGAUUCUAUUUGACUAAAUGUCGCCUACUACAUAUAAAAUGAGCCUUCUGCCCUCUUUUUCUAGCAUCUAAUGAAGGCUUAGUACCCUAUAUUGUUUUAAAACCAUAUUGUUCCAGUUUCACCUAUUAGCCUUGAUUUCCAACUCAUAUCAUUUUCAUAUGAGUAAAUGAUUAUUGUGUGAUAAUUGAAAAUGUGUUAAAAGCACUAAAUAAUAAAUCUUUAAAAAUAAUUUUGGAAGAAAAGGAAAAUACUUAGUCAUUUGAGUAGCUGUGAUAGGCAAGAUGUUGUUUUGUUUUACUUUUUCUUUCUUUUUUCAAAUCUUUAAAUGAGAAACCCUAGUUCUAUGCAUUGAUUCAUCUUGAGCUCUUCAAAUUUGGACAUGCCUGAAGCAGAAAGUACUUCCCCAUUUGGAACUUCAUAGGACUUCUGUAGCUAGUAGCCAUAUGCUAGCAACAAUAUAGCUCGAUAGGAAAAUAUGUGAUAAAACAUUUAGUAUUAUGUUAAUCAUGCAUAUAUGUGAAACAGAGACUUUAAGGAAGCAUAUAAAUUACAAAACAAACCACCUAACUGGUGGUCAUAUAUUUUUUUUCUUCUGCAGUGAAUAUUUGGCCAUUCUGGCAUGAUUCAAUUCCAUUUCUGGUGGGCCAGUAGAAAAUGAAGAUGUGCCCACUCAACAAUUAAGCCUGCAGGAUGCAUUCUUUUUUUUUUUUUUUUUUUUUUACUAAUACCAGUUAGUAAACAUACAGUGUUAUGUUAGUUUCAGGUGUACAAUAUAGUGAUUCAACACUUCCAUACAUCACUCUGUCCUCAUCACAAAGGCACUCCUUAAUCCCCACCACCUAUUUAACCCUUCCCUCCACCACCUCCAAACAUCAGUUUGUUCUCUAUACUUAAGAGUAUAUUCUUGAUUUGUCUCUCUUUCCUUCCCCCCCCUUUGCUCAUUUGUCUUGUUUCUUUAAUUCCACAAAUGAGUGAAAUCAUACGGUAUUUGUCUUUCUCUGACUGAUUUUUUGCUUAUCAUUAUACUCUCUAGCUCCAUCCAUGUUGUUGCAAAUGGCAAGAUUUCAUUCUUUUUUAUGGCUGAAUAAUAUUCCAGUG